GCCGCCGCCUCCUCUGCCCGCCCCGGGCUGGACCGACCGGCUUCUCCGCGGCAGGGCUGGGCUCGGCCAUGUUCAGCUGGGUGAGCCGCGACGCGCGCCGGCGCAAGGAGCCCGAGCUGUUCCGCACCGUCUCGGAGGGGCUGAAGCAGCUGUACGCCGGCAAGCUGCUGCCGCUGGAGGAGCACUACCGCUUCCACGACUUCCACUCGCCGGCGCUGGAGCCGGCCGACUGGGAGAGCAAGCCCAUGGUGCUGCUGGUGGGCCAGUACAGCACCGGCAAGACCACCUUCAUCCGGCACCUGCUGGAGCAGGACUUCCCCGGCAUGCGCAUCGGGCCCGAGCCCACCACCGACUCCUUCAUCGCCGUCAUGGGCGGCGAGAGCGAGGGCGUCGUCCCGGGCAACGCGCUGGUCGUCGACCCCCGCCGCCCCUUCCGCAAGCUCAACGCCUUCGGCAACGCCUUCCUCAACAGGUUCAUGUGCGCUCAGCUGCCAAAUCCUGUUCUGGACAGCAUCAGUAUCAUCGACACGCCGGGGAUCCUGUCCGGAGAGAAGCAGCGGAUAAGCAGAGGCUACGACUUCGCCGCCGUCCUGGAGUGGUUCGCUGAACGGGUGGACCGCAUCAUCCUGCUCUUCGACGCCCACAAGCUGGACAUCUCGGACGAGUUUUCGGAGGUGAUCAAGGGGCUGAAGAACCACGAGGACAAGAUCCGGGUGGUGCUGAACAAGGCGGACCAGAUCGAGACGCAGCAGCUGAUGCGGGUGUACGGGGCCCUGAUGUGGUCGCUGGGCAAGAUCAUCAACACCCCGGAGGUGGUGCGCGUCUACAUCGGCUCCUUCUGGUCCCACCCGCUGCUCAUCCCGGACAACCGGAAGCUCUUCGAGGCCGAGGAACAAGACCUCUUCAAGGACAUCCAGUCGCUGCCCCGCAAUGCCGCCCUCCGGAAGCUGAACGACCUCAUCAAGAGGGCCCGGCUGGCCAAGGUCCACGCCUACAUCAUCAGCUCCCUGAAGAAGGAGAUGCCCAACGUCUUCGGCAAGGAGAGCAAGAAGAAGGAGCUGCUGAGCAACCUGGGCGAGAUCUACCUCAAGAUCGAGCGGGAGCACCAGAUCUCCCCCGGAGAUUUCCCCAGCCUGCGGAAGAUGCAGGAGCAGCUGCUGGCCCAGGACUUCAGCAAGUUCCAGCCGCUGAAGCAGAAGCUGCUGGACGCGGUGGACGACAUGCUGGCGAACGACAUCGCCCGGCUGAUGGUGAUGGUGCGGCAGGAGGAGUCGCAGAUGCCCUCCCAGGCGGUGAAGGGCGGGGCCUUCGAGGGGACCAUGAACGGGCCCUUCGGCCACGGCUACGGCGAGGGGGCGGGCGAGGGCAUCGACGACGCAGAGUGGGUGGUGAGCAAGGACAAGCCCAGCUACGACGAGAUCUUCUACACCCUCUCGCCAGUCAACGGCAAGAUCACCGGGGCCAGCGCCAAGAAGGAGAUGGUCAAGUCCAAGCUGCCCAACACCGUCCUGGGCAAGAUCUGGAAGCUGGCCGACGUGGAUAGGGACGGGUUGCUGGACGAUGAGGAGUUCGCCCUGGCCAACCACCUCAUCAAGGUCAAGCUGGAGGGCCAUGAGCUGCCGGCCGAACUGCCCCCCCACCUGGUGCCGCCUUCCAAGCGCAGGCACGAAUGAGCCCACCCCCCCCCCGGACCGCCUUGCCCAGCGUGGCACGCUUCGGGGGGGGUGCCUGAGCGCUGCCCGCAGGAACUGAGUCCGAAGCUUCCCGUUCUGCGUGAAGCCCAAUUGCCCGGCCUUUCUGAAGCGCACAGUGCUCUGUGCUCGGAUAGAUGUAUAUAUCUUGAUAUAUCUACCCGUAGGUCGAUGUAUCUACAUAUAUAUCUGAGUGCCCCUCCUGGCAGGAGGCAUAAUACAACGUUUCAAGGCUGUAAUCUUCUGUGGUGCUGCCGGGGGUGGCGGGGAGUGCUCGCUUUGGUCCGGCUGGAAGACCGCCCCGGGGAAGGGGAAACAGCUGCCCCGGGUUCCCACAGCUCUUUACCACGCACGGUUUUUCACCAGCCGGACGGCCGUCCCAGGACAAAACGCGCAGGGCCCAAUUUCUUCCGACGGGCGUCGGGGGCACGUGCAGCCCGCUUGUCCUCUUUUGUGCCUUUUCUUCUUCCCGCAACCCGUUGCUGGAGAGGAAAGGUGGGGCCAUCCCGAGCACGCUUCCUCCCUGCCCACGAACGUCACCACCCCGUCGCCCACACCUGCCGCGCCUCUGCCCGGGUCGCCCACCCCUCCUUCCUGUGGGCAGUUUUAGCCCUGUUUUAAUCAGUUUUAAUCCUGGAGGCAGGGUUCACGUUCCCUUCAUUAUUGCACCCUUUUUCGCCCCCUAAGCGGCGUGGGGUGGUGAAGCCCAAGCAAGCUUCCUCCGCCGUGCCUGGUGUGGGCCGCAACAUCCUUGGGCAGAAACCGGCAUCCAGGGGGGUUUCCUAGAAGUCGGAAAACUUUAGCCACCCGCAGAGCGUGCUCUGAGUUCCUGGUGCAGAGGGAUGCCGGGGGGGGGGGGGAUUUGCAGUGAGCAUUUGAGCAAGAGCAGGAUGGACACACACACACACACACACCCGUUCCUUGCAUCGGUGCUCCUGUUGUGUGGCUCCUGCAUCCUGGGGUGAAUUUGGAGGGAGAAUGUGGAGUGCCGAGGGGACAGGGUCAUGCAGCUCUGUUUUCUGUUGCAACCUGGCCAAGAAGUCCUUUGUAGAUCAUUUAGGAUGGGGUUGGAAAGCUUCCGGUUGGCCAGAAGGAGAGAUGGGUGCUGCUCUGGAAGAGGAGGGUGGAGCAGGGAGAGCUGGCUGAAUUCCCAGAAUUCCCCAGCAGAUGUGGCUGUUGCUGAGAAUUCUGGGAGCUGGUCUACUCAUCGGCUGAGGGUCUCGCUUGGGGGAGGCCGGUCUCUUUCCUUCCCCUCCCCAACCUGGAUUUUCAGCCUGGGGUGCCCCCCAAGAGCUGGGGGGUGGAUGGGGGGCAGGAUUAGCUGCACUAUCUGUGCAAAAGGGGUGGAGAGGAAGGCAGCCUAUCCUUUCACUUCUGACAGUGAAUCCCAGUUAAUACCCAGUUUUGAGCAGGGAGGCACUUAAAACAUCCCACCGGUAUCCCCUGCAUUAAAAGUAGAUUUGG